CCACAGUGCAACGAUGAAAGUCAAAGCUCUUGUUUAUCAUGCAGUCUUCAUCCUUCUAGAAGCUUCUAUCUUCUCCGAAGAAAACUGCAACAUUCCCGAAUCGGAGCUGUCCAAAAUCGACAACGUGCUCAGACACAUGGAGAUGCCCAUCUAUUCGGAGGACCAGUUCGCGAGUGAUCAUGAAGAAUGCACCAACCUACUGAACGGGAUCCAUGUACAACUUCGCCGGUUGACCCAGCGAUACAAGCUGAUGAACAAGGGCUACGUCAAAGUGGAAGAGUACAAACAAAUGGCGACAGACUACGAAAAGCAGCUCAAGACACUAAAUGAUGAACUACUGGAACUGCAACAGCAUUCCACGGCGAAAGCGAGCGCCGCCAUCGCGAAGCUUAAGGAGGAUAUCAAAGUGCUGGACGAAGAGGUCGGCACAUUGCAUACCAAGCUUAAGGGCAUCAAAGACGAUUUUGAAAAAGUCAAACGGGACUUGUGUAUGACUUAUCUUAAUUCGAAUCAGAUGAGUAAAGCAAAAGCCAAGGUGAAGGAAAUGGCCUCAACAUAUUUGAUGGAAAUCGUGCAGCAACAACUGAAUGGAAAUAAUUCCAAUAUAAUGCCGAUAUUGGAUUUUUGUUCGUCGAUUCCGGAUCUGGACGAUAGGGGUGAAGCAUACAAAGUAAUUUUCAAGUUCGCUGAAACGAACAAACGUUUGGAUGGAGAAGAUUCUGUAUUGUUGGAGGCAUUUGUGCUGAGGAUGAAUGCAACGUUAAAAGAAGGAUCCAAUAUCACAGAUGAAAGGAAAAUAGAAAUGUAUGAUCUACUGGCGAAGCUGGCGGAGAAAUCCGCAAAUGUUUUCGAAAAGUGGUCAGAGGAUUUAAAGAAAACGGAUAGCCGUGUCAUAAUCAAGAAUGCACUGGAUCAUCUAUUUGUGAGUCAGAUGAAAGCUUUCGGUACGAAGGUAGGGGACACCUAUGACUUCGGAUGCAUACGGCAUUUUUUGAAGCUCCUUGUUGUGUGUAACAAUUAUUAUAAGGUUGCUGCCUACAAAGAACUGAUUGACAGGAAAAUUUAUCAUGCAUUAGGAACGAUCAUGUUCGACCUUCUUACGUUGGAGGUGAGUGAAAUGAAGUACGACCUACAUGUCCCAGAGGAAAUACCCAAACUAUUUGAGAUUACGCUCAAUUCACUCCCGAACAGUCUCACCCAACUGCGCCCAUGCUUAAAAACGGUCCAAAUUUUCAAUCAGAAAACAAACAAAUGCAUAGUUGCGACGGGGAAUAAAUUCGAGGUUCAUCAGGACAAGUUGGAUGAUUUUCAUCGUGUGGUGAUUGCGGAGCAUGGUUGUACAACAUUCCGUUUGGAAGCUUCCAACGACAAGGCAUCGAUGAGAAUUGUAAAUCCAUCAGGAAUCGCACUUGCAAACGUGAACCAAGCAAUAGUGGAUAACAUUUGGCACAGCUAUGUUGGAACUCCACAAGCGAACAAACCUGAUAGGAAACCUUCCAGUAGCGACGAGUGGAUAUUGGAGGCAAAUUAUGAGAAUGAUACGAUCAAAAUUGAGUCCGAGUUCAGUAACUACAAAACGAAGAAAACGGAGGUGGAUCAUUUGCUUGUGAUGGAUAUUAAUUUUAUGCCGCAUGUCGUAGUGGGAAGGUAUGGCGUUCCUGGAUUGAAACGAUCCACAGCUGUCGAUACCAUUGGAUGGAAUCUAAAAUGCGCUUCCUAGGAACAUAUCAAGUAACAGAUGGUAAAUAAUUUAUAAAGAUUCGUCCGAGCCAAAACUAUCUUUUUAGCGAAAUUCUUCAACAUUAAAGCAAUAUAGUUUAGUUUAGUUUAUUUAUUUCGUCAACAA